GGACUACGAUUAUUCCGGCUAGUGAUUCCGUGGUGUACAGGUUAUAGGAUUUCUUCCCGGAUUCUCGGGAACUGAACUUGUGAAACUAUUCGAUUUCAGUUAAAGUGCUGUUUUAUACAAGUAUGUGAUAAGGCGAUAACAAAAAAAAAAAACAAUCAAAGGAAUAAAUUCUAACGAAACAAUUAUCAGGAUUCGAAAUUCGGAACAGUGCAAAAGUGCCUAUUUUUUUCCAAGGAAGUGACUAUUGAUUCAAAGAAAUUGACUUAUGAAAUAGUUGCAUACCUGGAAAAGGUGUUCCUGGCAUUCCACAGUGGUGGCAACAAGUUCCAAUUAUUGGUGAUUUGGUGAAGUGUGCAAUUUGGCUUUCUGUAGACAAAUUUCCAAACGAAAGUAGGUGUAUCGCGCCACGGUCUAAUGAUGGCUCCCAACGUCCUCGGGAACACGCUUCUCCUGGCGGAGGCGUGUAUUGCACAAGAAGAUCCAAACAACAACCAAAUCAAAGCAAACAAAUCGAUCUUAAAUGUUAGAACUUCCGAGCCUUUGGCGACAACGCGCGUCCAGACCGACGAGUUCCAAAAGACUGAACAGAAGUCCUUCACCAGUUCCAGCAGCAGCACCACCAGUAGCAGUUCCACCUACCCGAAAAUAUUGGUUUGGCGCAACAUCAUUGCCUUCAUUUAUUUACACUCGGGAUUUCUUUACGGAUUCUAUCUGUUGUUGACUUCGGCCAAAUUCAGUACAUUUCUAAUGGCCCUUGGACUUGGUAUGUUUGGAGCCUUCGGUAUCACCGCUGGGGCACACCGGCUGUGGUCGCACCGUUCCUACAAGGCCAAGUGGCCGUUGCGGCUGAUUUUGAUGCUGUCCCAGACGCUCGCCUUCCAGAACAGUAUCUACGAGUGGACUCGGGAUCACCGCGUGCACCAUAAGUUCACCGAUACGGAUGCCGACCCGCAUAAUGCCCGGCGAGGAUUUUUCUUCUCCCACAUCGGUUGGUUGAUGGUCAAGAAGCAUCCGGAUGUGCGGGAGAAGGGAAAAGCCGUCGAUAUGAGUGAUUUGGAAAAGGAUGCGAUCGUGAUGUUCCAAAAGAAAUACUACGCUGUCUUGAUGCCACUGCUGUGUUUUGUAAUUCCGACCUUUUUGGCACAUCACUACUUGGACGAGACAUUGUCGAACUCUUGGUACGUGGUUGCGAUCUUCCGUUAUGUGCUAUCCCUGAACGGAACUUGGUUGGUCAACAGUGCUGCACAUAUCUGGGGAACUAAGCCGUACGAUAGGAAAAUAUCUCCCACCAAUAGCACCUUCGUAGCGAUUGCAGCUGUCGGAGAAGGCUGGCACAACUAUCACCAUGUGUUCCCGUGGGACUACAAAACGUCGGAAUUGGGCAAAUACAGUACGAACUUCACAACGGCUGUAAUCGACUUCUUUGCGUGGAUCGGCUGGGCGUACGACCUGAAGUCGGUCUCGGAUGAUAUGAUCAAAAAGCGAGUACUGCGAACCGGUGACGGAUCCCAUCCGUACAGUGAGCAACGGUUACGAGAGCAGAUGGUGGAAUACAUUAACAACCUGGAUCACGACAACGAAAAUAUGGUGUGGGGUUGGGACGAUGCGGAUAUGGACGAGACGGACCGGAAGGAAGCCACCGUCAGCAAUCGAAAGGACUUGUGAAUAAGUGAACACAAUCUUUAUACUAGUGUACGGCACCAAGAGACCCCGGAGUGGACUGUUUCAUUAUUCAGUUUUGUUUUUGCCUUUUCAAAAGUAUUUCUUACUUAGAACGAUAGGUUUCACUAGAAAGACUCUUCGCGAUUGUUCUUUUUGUCAGGCACUUUUCUGCUUAGCAUUUAGUUUAAAUUAUUAAUGUUGGAAUAUCAGAAAGGAAGCGUAGUUUAAAUGAAGUUAUAUUUAUUCACUAGUAGGACUUUUUUGCAACAGUCAAGAAAUUCCAAUACAAAAAGUCGCACAAGGAGGUUUGACAUAGAAUAAUUAGUUAAUAAAGAAUAAACCAUUUCGA